CGCGAGCGCCUCUACCAGGCGCUGGAGCUCUCCCCCGGCCGGAGGAUCAACUGCUCGGGGAUCGUCCGCGGGGAUGAGGCGGCCAUCCAGGAGGCCCAGCUCAGCAACCUGGAGGUUGCGAACAAAAGGGCUUCCCUGACGCCUGGCGAGUACCUGAAUAUGACGAAGGACUGCAGCAGCUUCAAGGAGACUCGGCGGGUCAUUGAGGUUCCCCUGGGCAAGGAGGCAGAGUUCCCCAUCGCCUACUCCAUGGUCAUCCAUGACAAAAUCGAGAUGUUUGAGCGGCUCCUGCGCUCCCUCUACGCCCCCCAGAACGUCUACUGCGUCCACAUUGACAGCAAGUCCCAGGCCGCCUUCCAGGAGGCUGUUCGGGCCAUUGUAGCCUGCUUCCCCAAUGUCUUUGUGGCUAACCGCCCGGGAAAGGGGGUCGAUGCCCGGCUGCAGGCCGACCUCAACUGCAUGCAGGACCUGUUGCAGAGCCUCAUGCCAUGGCGCUACGUCCUCAACACCUGCGGCACCGAUUUCCCCAUCAAGACCAACGCCGAGAUCGUCCGUGCCCUGAAGUUGCUGCAGGGGCGGAACAGCAUGGAGUCAGAGAAGCCCUCGGCCCUCAAGCAGGAGCGCUGGCAGUACCACCACGAAGUAGGGACGUUCAUCUCCCGGACAGCCACAGAGAAACUGCCGCCACCACACAACUCUCCCAUGUUCACGGGCAACGCAUACAUUGUGGUCACACGGGCCUUCGUGCAGCACAUCUUCAAGAACCCCACGGCGCAGCAGUUCCUCGAGUGGGCCAAGGACACCUACAGCCCUGAUGAGCACGUCUGGGCCACCCUCAACCGCAUGCCCGGCGUGCCGGGUGCCAUGCCCCAGAAUGACAA